CCACUUCCCUGGCCGGGAGCGGCCGCGCGUCUCGCAGAGCGAUUCGCUGCCGGCUGGGUUCGCCGCCAACCUCACCUACCCGCUGGCUCUCCUGCCCGACUCUUCUGGGAUGGGUGGCGGGGGGUGGGGGAGACCUCGGAGGGCGGAGUGACACGCGGAGGCGGGCCGGGCCCUUCCCUCUCCGCCCCCCCCACCCCGAGCCAGGGAGGAGGCGCCGCCAGGGCGCAGGUGAAACCGACUCGGCCCUAUCCCGGGAACUUUCGCUGCGGUGACUGGUUGCGAGAGGCUAGCGUCGCGCAGGGGGGGGGAGCCUGGGAGCCGCCCUCUCUCUCCCAGACUGCCCGCGAGGACUCAGCCCAGGGGCCACCGAAGGGGACCCACAGCCCUCCUGGCGCGCUCACCGGCUGCGGGAAGCGCUGGCCUCCGCCGCUGAUGGGGGCGCUUGGUGCCGCCCCGGGCGCAGGUGACAUUCGCCCGGCCAGGGUUUUCUCUGGCAGGGGAGAUUCCCCGGAGGGCGAGACGCAGACACCCCGGGGACGGAGGACAAGGCAGCGAUGGCCCAAGAACUGAGCCAGGAGGCACUACUGGACUUUCUGUGCCAGGCUGGGGGCCGCGUGACCAAUGCUGCCUUGCUGAGCCACUUCAAGAGCUUUCUCCGAGACCCCGACUUGCCCCCCAACCAGCACCAGCAGCGCCGCGAGCUCUUUAAGGGCUUCGUCAACUCGGUCGCCGCAGUGCGCCAGGACCCCGACGGCACCAAGUACGUGGUGCUCAAGAGGAGGUACAGGGACCUUUUGGGGGAGGAGCGGCUGCAGCGACCCCGCGAUCCGCCCGCAACCGCACCCAGUGCAGGGGGAGCUGCGCCCUGCUCCCCGAGAGGGGCGCGCCGAGGGGAGCCUUCCCAGCAGCAGCCCAGGCGGCGGCGGCGCGAGAAGGAGCCGGAGGAGGAGCCAGCAGGUGCAGCAGCCGGAGCCGCUGACGCGGGUUGCAAUGGACUCCCAGCCAGCGGCGCCUGCGGGGCUCCCGGGAAGGGCGGCGGAUCGAAGGGCAGCCCUGGACAGAGGGCGCCGGUGCCCGCAGCUGCAGCGGCAGGGGCCCAGGCGGGAGCGAGGUGCGCGGCGGCGGAGGCGCAGGGCCUCUGCUGCUGGGAAUGCCUCCAAAACAGGCUGGCGGGGCUCCCGGGAGAGCUCAGCGCACUCCCCGACUCCGCCACCGCGGAGGAGAAGCCGGCGCGGGCUCUGCCAGCCCUGGAGGGCCGCGGGGCUUCCAGGGAGCGGGAAGAAGGCGCGUUGGUUAAGCCUGCGCCAGUGCCUGCAACACCUAGCUCUCCUCCGGCCACAGUCGAGGCUGCGACGAACCGGGCUUCUCUGCCUGCUCUCCUGCCCUGCCCCGCUUCCCGCGGAGACCAGCCGGAGCUGCUGACCCCCAGUUCCCUGCAUUAUUCGACCCUGCAGCAACAGCAGCAGCGCACUCGAGAGUGGGUGGCCAGGCACCCGCAGGUGCCUGAGGCCCGUGAUCAGGGCCCUACCCGCUUCUGGUCGGUGCUGCCAGACAACUUCCUUCAGCUGUCCUUGGAGCCUGGCUCCACGGAGCCUAACUCAGAGCCUCCAGAUCCCCGUCUUUUUUCACACCCUCUCUUUCCUGUUGCUCCAGAUGAAUCCUCGGAAUCCUGGCCGGGAAACCCUUCACUGACUGUCUUUCGCAGCAUUCGUUGUCAGCUGUCCCUCCAAGAUCUAGAUGACUUUGUAGACCAGGAGAGUCAUGGCAGUGAGGAGAGCAGCAGCGGGCCGAAAGAGUCCCCGGGGGCUUCUGAAGAAGGGCUGCAGGUUGUUUUGGGAACCCCAGAUCAGGGGAGGCUCAGGAAUCCAGCUGGGGGCCUCUCUGUAUCUCAGAAGGAGGGCAGCCCCAGCCGGAGCCCUCAAGGCCUCAGAAACAGAAAGGAUGGUCACCCCUUUCAGCAGGUCCCUGCCGGGGCUAAUGGCCUGGCAGGCCACCCCCUGGAGCCUUUGCCUUGGCCAGCUCCUAGGUUCAGGAGGUCCCUCAGAAGGAGCUCUCUGGCAGGAAGAGCCAAAUUGUCUUCCUCUGAUGAAGAGUACCUUGAUGAGAGCUUGCUGAGAAGAAGUCGGCGCCCACCUCGAUCCAGAAAGCCCUCCAAAGCAGGAACAGUGCCCAAUCCAAGGGUAGAUGCAGCGUUAUCACCGAAACUUGCAGAGGUUAAGCCUGCUGAGGCUGAGUGGGAUUGGCGACACAGCUUGUGGGCUCCUAGUGGGGAGGGGCCUGCAGCCUUGGCCCCCCACAGAACUUCUGAGCACAAAUCACCCCUGGUUCCCCUAGAUGCCAGGGAGCACGAGUGGAUUGUGAAGCUUGCCAGUGGCUCCUGGAUUCAGGUGUGGACUUUGUUCUGGGAGGAACCUCAACUGGCCUUGCACAAAGACUUUUUGACUGGGUACACCGCCUUGCACUGGAUAGCCAAACAUGGUGACCUCAGGGCCCUUCAGGACUUGGUCUCUGGAGCAAAGAAGGCAGGGAUUGUCCUUGAUGUAAAUGUAAGGUCCAGUUGUGGGUAUACCCCACUGCAUCUUGCAGCCAUUCAUGGCCACCAGGGAGUUAUCAAAUUGCUAGUGCAAAGGUUGGCUUCUCGAGUGAAUGUCAGGGACAGCAGUGGGAAGAAGCCAUGGCAGUACCUAACCAGUAAUACCUCUGGGGAAAUAUGGCAGCUAUUGGGAGCCCCGAGGGGCAAGCCCAUUUUCCCCGUCUAUUCCUUAGUUGGAAGUUCUUCCCCCACCAGAAAGGCCAAGAGCAGGGAAAUAUCUAGAAAUGUCACCCGAAAGACUUCCUUCGCUGCACUACUCAAAAGUCAGCACAGCAAGUGGAAAUUGGCCAACCAGUAUGAGAAAUUCCCCAGUCCAAGGGAAAGAGAAGAGUAUAGUGACUGAGGUAGGUCUCUCUGUCCAACAUGCAGGCAGCAUACCCUCGCCCUACUCGGUGAAAGAAUUCCAGGGGAAUAUAAAAGCUGGUGAGAGUUGGUAAAGAGGAUGGUCAAAGGAAAUGGCGUUGACCUCAUUGGAUCUUAUAUCACCACAUCCUGAACCUUAGGAGGAUCAUCCAAACUUUUUGAAAGCUGAAGUACUUGAACUAGAGAGACCUAGACGAGGGGUAGAUCCAGGUGCUCAAAAUCCAGGAGGCAUUCUUCCUCUUCCCUUGCCACCAUGGAUUUGGGCAUAGUAAGUCACAUUGUUUCCUUGAAGCAGCAGUACCUGGCCUUGGCUAGAGAGGGAACAGAUGUCGAACAGAGAGGCAAUUCUAGGAAUUGACGAAGCACAUACAAAAUCCUCUCUGGCUAGGAGCUCUCUGGCUUCUGUUCAUUUGGAGAAUAAAUCUUGGCUGACAGUGGGAAGCACCAGGUUUGAAAUCAGAUGGCUUUAUUUUUCAUUCUUUUGGCAUUGAAAUCAGUGAAAUAAAAUUAUUACUGGAG